AGCCUCCUCAAGCCCCAUCCAGGCUAUGGGCAUCAAGACAGCAUUGCCUGCGGCAGAACUGGGCCUGUACUCCCUGGUGCUGAGUGGGGCCCUGGCCUACGCCGGCCAGGGCCUCCUUGAGGCUUCACAAGAUGGGGCCCACAGGAAGGCCUUCCGGGAGUCUGUGCGACCUGGCUGGGAGUACAUUGGCCGGAAGAUGGACGUGGCUGACUUCGAAUGGGUGAUGUGGUUCACCUCCUUCCGCAAUGUCAUCGUCUUUGCCCUCUCUGGACAUGUGCUGUUUGCUAAACUCUGCACGAUGGUUGCCCCCCAGCUCCGCUCUUGGAUGUAUGCUGUGUACGGGAUCCUGGCCGUGGUGGGCACGAUGGGCCCUUGGUACCUGCUACUGGUGCUUGGUCACUGCUUGGGUCUCUAUGUGGCCUCCCUCUUGGGUCAGCCUUGGCUCUGCCUUGGCCUUGGUCUGGCCAGCCUUGCCUCCUUCAAAUUGGACCCCCUAAUCUCCUGGCAGAGCGGGUUUGUAACAGGCACUUUUGAUCUUCAAGAGGUGCUGUUUCAUGGGGGCAGCUGCUUCACAGUGCUGCGCUGCGCCAGCUUUGCCCUGGAGAGGUGUGCCCACCCUGACCGUUGCUACUCACUGGCGGACCUGCUCAAAUACAACUUCUACCUGCCUUUCUUCUUCUUCGGACCCAUCAUGACCUUUGAUCGCUUCCACGACCAGGUGAGCCAGGUGGAGCCGGUGAGGCGCGAGGGCGAGCUGUGGCGCAUCCAGGCCCAGGCGGGUCUCAGUGUGAUGUCCAUCAUAGCCGUGGAUAUCUUCUUUCACUUCUUCUACAUCCUCACCAUUCCCAAUGACCUCAAGUUCGCCACUCGCCUCUCAGACAGCGCCCUCGCUGGCCUGGCCUACUCAAACCUGGUAUACGAUUGGGUGAAGGCAGCAGUCCUCUUCGGCGUGGUCAACACAGUGGCACGCCUGGACCACUUGGACCCGCCCCAGGCCCCCAAGUGCAUCACAGCGCUCUAUGUCUUCUCUGAAACGCACUUUGACCGCGGCAUCAACGACUGGCUUUGCAAGUAUGUGUAUGACUACAUUGGUGGGGAGCACUCUGAGGUGAUCCCAGAGCUGGUGGCCUCUGUGGCCACAUUUGCCGUCACGACUCUGUGGCUUGGGCCUUGUGACAUUGUCUACCUGUGGUCACUCCUUAACUGCUUUGGCCUCAAUUUUGAGCUCUGGGUACAGAAGCUGGCCGAGUGGGAGCCCCUAGCACAAAUUGAGUCCUCUCUGUCGGGGCAGAUGUCCCGCAGGGUCCGGGCCCUCUUUGGGGCUGUGAACUUCUGGGCCCUCAUCAUGUACAACCUCGUGAGCCUCAACAGCCUCGAGUUCACAGAGCUGGUCGCCCGGCGCCUGCUACUCACAGGGUUCCCCCAGACGACACUGGCCCUCCUGUUUGUCACCUACUGUGGUGUCCAGCUGGUGAAGGAGCGAGAGCGAGCCCUGGCACUGGAAGAGGAGAAGCAGGACAAAGAGAAGCCAGAGUAGGUGGGAGGGGGGAGAGCAAAGGGCUCAGGUCAGGGGGACGGGGCCUGACCAGUAGA